AUGACAGGCGCCCACCACCACAGCAACUUCCCAACCAAGCAAGCUGCCAUUUCCAACUACUGCCGACCCCCGCUGACCGUGGCAGUGUUUCGCGACGAGGUGGAAAUCGAGGACUUCCAAUAUGACGAGGACUCGGAGACGUAUUUCUGUCCCUGCCCAUGUGGAGAUAACUUCGCCAUCACCAAAGAAGAUCUGGAGAAUGGGGAAGGCGUGGCAAUGUGUCCUACCUGCUCUCUCCUUACAAAAGUGACUUAUGACAAAGAUCAGUCUGCGUGUGGAGAAACGGUCCCAGCCCCUUCAGUCAACAAAGAAUUAAGAAGCAAGUCCGUAACAUGA